GAGGAGGCCAGCUUUGACAAAUUUGUCCUGAAGAAAACAUUUGCAGAGGACAAAGAAACAUCAUUUGACUCACUGAAGAAUUAAAACUGACAGCACCACAGCGCUGUGUGGGAGCAAAGGGGAAUUUAGACUGAAGUGACACACUCAAGCCUUGAGAAGUAAAGACGUUUGGAUGGCUGCUCACCAAAUGGAAGUGAUCUAGAGAGUCCUCUGAGAGCGCUGCAUCUCUGCACCCAGCUCCUACCGUGUCGGGACGGUGCGCUUGGACCGGACACUGAUAAAAUGCUGGAUUCAAUCAAGUGUGUACUGGUGGGAGACUCCGCAGUGGGGAAAACAUCGCUCCUGGUGCGUUUCACCUCCGAGACCUUUCCAGACGCCUACAGACCCACCGUGUAUGAGAACACUGGAGUGGAUGUCUUCAUGGAUGGUGUACAAAUUAGUCUGGGUCUUUGGGACACAUCUGGCAGCGAUGCCUUCAAAGGCAUUCGUCCCCUCUCAUACCAACAGGCAGACGUGGUGCUAAUGUGCUACUCGGUGGCCAACCACAACUCCUUUCUAAACCUGCGGAAUAAAUGGAUUGGCGAGAUCCGCAACCACUUGCCCCGCAUCCCUGUGUUGGUGGUGGCUACUCAGACUGACCAGCGAGACAUGGGGCCCUAUAGCUCCUCCUGCAUCAGCCCGAUGGACGGGAAGCGGCUGGCGCAGGAUGUCCGGGCCAAGGGCUACCUGGAGUGCUCGGCACUCAGCAACAGGGGAGUGCAGCAGGUGUUCGAGUACGCCGUGCGCACCGUGGUCAACCAGGCCAAAAGACAGAACAGGCGCAAGCUCUUCUCCCUCAACGAGUGCAAGAUCUUUUGA